GUUAAUUUGGAGACGAAGUAAAAUACAUGUGCAUAUUUUAUACAUAACUUAUUCUUACCAUAUUUUACUAACUAUAUUGAGUACGUAUUAAGUUACAUAAAAUGCAACGACAUAAUGAAAGUCUUACGUAACAAGAUUCUACAGUUAUUACGUAAGACUAACAACGUUCAUAAUCGUUACGUAAUAACUAUUAGAUUUUACGUAAUCCCGCCUACAAUUCCCUUAAAUUCAAUUAUUGAAAGACAUCGGUCUGUCUUCCUGCCUACGUGAGCGAUGAGGCUGAUCGUCGGAAUAAUCCACAAGCUACACAAGGGCCGGCAACCUCUCCCCAGAUUUCCAACACAGAAAAACACCACCUGGCAUUCACCCAUGCAAUGCAAAGUCUGCCUCUACGACAAUUUCAACAAAAUAGCCCACAAAUGGAUUUCUUUGUAGCAAUUACCAAAGUCGCAUCUUUGGACCGUUCCCGGUGUUCAUAUCCUCCCUGGCCGCGACAAAUAAUUUUCAACCUCCCGCUGACUCCUUCUUCCGCCAUACCUCCCUAUAUAUCCACCACCACUCUAUCAAAACUUUAUUCCAAACUUCUCUGCAACAAUCUCCAACACAUAACAAUGGCUGCCACUAGAAACGCAGCAGCAUUGAGCAUGGCCAUCUUGCUGCUCACCGUGCAGCUUCUAUGGGCCGGUGGAUCGAUGGCCCAGUCGUCAGACUGCACGCCCUUGCUCCUCGGUCUGCAGCCUUGCCUCCCUUACAUCACCGGCAACACCUCUACUCCGGCAAAGACUUGCUGCACCCAGCUGGCCAAUGUCGUCAAGGUAUCGCCCACGUGCUUGUGCCAGCUCCUCGAUGGCUCGUUCGGCGUCUCUGGUAUCAACCGGACGCGGGCUCUGGAGUUGCCUGCUGCCUGUAACGUCCAGACUCCGCCUGCAAGCACCUGCAAUUCUGCUUCCCCAAGUGCGUCCCCUGGAGGGAUUCCAUUACCAGCCACUCCGAGUUCUCCUGCAGAAGGAUCAGCAGGUGUGCCUGGAACUGGGAGCUCGGAUGGGAGCUCAAUCAAGGUGUCAGCUUCUCUGCUGCUCUUCUCCUUCUUCUUCAUCGCGGCAGCCUCGUGUUGUUCUUCUGGAUCCAUGAGAUACUGAUGUUCUUCCAGAUGACCAGAAGGCUUUCAGCCAUCACUACAUUAUCAAUAUAUUAACUCUGUUUCUGAACCAUGAGCGAGAUUAGAAGUGUUCAAUAUAAAUGAGAAAGCUGAAUCCGGCAAUGGUUACUUAUUUCGUCUCCGCUACCAUUAGCAACAUGCGGUGUCUCUUUGCUUUAUCAAGCGACCAAAAUUUGAUUAAGUAUGAAUGACUAACCUGUGAAGUGGUGAAUUCUCGUCUUCAUUGAUAUCGUCUCUGUGCUAAGACACAAGCGUUCUAGAUUGCUCAAUUACAAGAAAUAAGGUCGGUGUGUAAUUUUGAUAAAUAGUGUCCAUCAAACAGUUGGUAAAAAUACUGUCAAAUAAAAAAUAAAAAAACAGUUGGUAUAAAUGCAUAAGAAGAAUACACGGCUGCCAAAAUAAACACUUCCCCCGUCC